AGGAAAUCGAGUUCGUUCAUGUGUUUUCAAAACGAAAAUACGUGAUAGUAUUUCCAAUUGCCGAACUUCAUCCAUAUCGCCAAUAAACUUUAGAUAUCAACACAUUCGCGCAUUCUUCGUAAAAAUAUUUUCGCUUCAGACGUUCUCGUUACACGUACGUUUACAUUUUCGUUUGUACUGCAUUCAAAAACAAAAAACAAAAUGACGCAAGAUCAGUCCAGCAGUUCCUCCUCCCACCUGCCCAUGUUGUGGCCGCUCCCGCUCGAAAAGAAGGACACGCCGGCGACGGCCAGUGUCAAGGUCGAGACAAUGCGGAUGGAGCCGUACGGUCGCGGGUUUUUUACCCAGAUGGAAGAGGCACGCAUGGUUGUUGACGAAUCUGUGGAAUCCGAGGGGAACACCGACGAGGCCACUCCCGCUGGCUUCAAGGGCGACCGCCACAAACCGAAGAGCUUCACGAAGGCGGGAAUCUUCAAGGUAUGAUUUGUGUUUGAUUGAAUCAAUUCGAAAAAUUCAAAGGUUUUAGUACCGAGCUAUCGACGGCUUUUUUUCGCACAAGCGAAAGCGAUUGACUUUUUUUUCCAAAUUCAUUUCACAAAAAUAACAGCUUGACGACAACUUGAAGGGCGUGGAUUUGUACAAAUUUUUGCAAGUGAAAGUCGACGCGACGGAGAAGGAUCUGAAGAAGGCGUUCCGCGACAUGAGUCUGGUGUACCACCCGGACAAGCAGACGAAGGGCUCCGACGAGCAGAAAGCGAAGGAGUUCGUGAAGCUGCAGGAGGCCUACGACAUUCUGUCUGACCCGGUCCGCCGGCGGAAGUACGAUUCUUCCCUGCCCUUCGACGACACGAUCCCGAAGGAGAAGGAGCUCGCGGAGAUGAAGGAUCUCACCGACCAGCAGUUUUACGACAUCUUCCACGACGUGUUCCAGCGCAACAGCAAGUGGUCCCUGAAGCAGCCGGUGCCCCAACUGCCGGCGUUUGUUUCGGUGGAAGAGGGCACGCCGGAGUUCGAGAAGUACAUGAAAAAGGUCACCGACUUUUACAAGUUCUGGACCGGCGACUUCGAGUCGUGGCGCGAUUUCGACAUGAAGAUCAUCGAAGAAGAGGGGGACGACGCGCUGGACGACCCGGACAAGUCCGAGUACCGCGAGGAGAAGCGGUACAUUGAGCGACAGAACGCGCGCAUCCGCCAGAAGUACCGCAACGACGAGUCCGCGCGGCUGUUGACGCUGGCCGAACUCGCGGAGAAGUACGACUCCCGUAUCAAACUGCUGAAACAGCGCCAGUGGGAGAAGAAGAACGAGGGGAAGCUGGCGAAGCAGCGCGCCCGGGAGGAAGAGGAGCGCAAGAAGAAGGAGGAAAAGGAGGCCCGCGAACGGGAAGAAAAGGAGGCGGAGGAGAAGCGCAAGAAGGAAAAGGAGGCCAAGGAGGAGGAGAAGAACAAACUGAAGGUCUUGCGUCGGGACUUGCGCGCACUCGCGAAGCAGCAUGCGAAAACCGUGUCCGCGGACCAGUUCCAGUCGGUCCUGCUGUCCACAAAAACAGUCGAGGAGACGGAAACGCUGUUGGCGGACCUGACGGACGAGCUGGCUCGGGGAAAGGAUUUGGAAAGUGGCGAGGCUCUGGUAAUUUUUAGUUACGAAUGGAUGCAUUUUUCCGUUUUCGUUUUCACAGUUGCAAGUACAGCAGCCAACUACAACCGUCCACCGAUGUAGGAAAUCCAGUAGACACGACACACAUAAUUAUGCCAUCAUCUGUCUAGUUCGAGUCGAACUUCUGCCUAUUGUCAAAAACAGGUCCCGAAGGUGUGCGCUUUGAUCCGUGAGCAGCUCGGUGAGGAGCCGGUCAUGUGCGACCCGCCGGUGGAGAACGCGGCGGCCGAAAACAACACGACUGCCUUCCAGGAAUCCGCCCCGGCCAAGAAGCAGGGUGGCAAGAAGAACAACAAGAAAAAAAACAAGAACCAGCAGGCUGUCGACGAGGAUGACGAGCCGGAUGCCCGCGCCGAAGUGAUGGAACAGAAGAUCGAUAUGGAGCAGGAAGCCAAGCGACAGGCAGAUGCGGAAAAGAAGCGCAAGCAGGCCGCCGAGAAGCGCAAGCAGGAGGAGGCACAGCGGAAGAAGGCGGAGGAAGCCGCCAAGAAGAAGGAGCAGGAUAAGGCCCGAAAAGAGGCGGAGAAGGAAAAGAAGGCCCAGGAGGAACAAAAGGCCAAGGCUGAGGAAAUGCGCAAAAAGCAUCAGGUACUAUGUUUAGCCCAUUUCUCAUUUCUGAACAAGCAGAUUGCCCUUGCCGCGUUUUCCACUAAGAUAGCUGUGUUAUUUUCGUCUUGCGAUAUCUUCACCAAUUUAUUUCAGUGGAUGAUGAAUGUCUUUUAAAAACUCCGAAAAUCACAGGAAGAAGCCGCCCGUGAGAAGGCUGCUGCCGAGCAGGAGAAGCUAUCGCAGGUGCAGACCGAUCAGUACAUCAAGCAGCGCGAGGAGCAGCUUGCCCAGUACGACAACGAGUGCAACGGCAGCGGACUGGAAGCCGUCUUUUCCGCAGUGAAGGCCGAACUCGCCGAGGACGUCAUCAACGAGGCCUGGAUCCGCGCGGGCACGUUGAAGACCCUCCCGGAAGGCACGGAAGACACUUUAGAAUCCCGUGCGGAACUCGCUCUGGACGUUGUGGCUUUCUUGGCAUCCAAGUUUACGAAAUUUCACUUCUUCGAAGUGGCCGUCCGCCCGACGCAAGCCAUGAGCAAUCUCAGCAUCUCCAGCAGCUUGAGAAACAAGAUCAAGAAGGCCCGGACCGCGCUUUCGAAAGGUACGUGUACUUAAGUGGUCUCGAAAAGUCAUCUAACCGUAGUACAGCUGCAUGAAAGUGACACUCACCUCUUUCUCUAUAUCGACCUAUUGAAUGAAACACAGUAGUUGUCGCUCCAGUUGAGUUUGGAUCAUUCUGGCUCGUCGCAUCAAAACUACUUACCACCUAGGCAAUUGACAACAAUCAUUUUUUCACAGGUUUGAAAACGUUGAUGCCCCCGACGCACCAACAGCCGGAUGCGAAGGCCUCCAAGAAGUUUUCGAACCCGGAGAUGGACGCUAUUCUGAGCGCGAACUUCCCGCCGCAGUCUUGGCAAGUUUCAGAGAAGCAGGUCACCCGAAACGACUCCAAGGGCGAGCAGGGAGCCAAUGCGGACAGCGCCAAGAAGCCCGCGGGUAAGAAGAAGAAGCCGGCCAAAAAGGAUGACGAAGAAGACUUGGACGCACUUUUUGCCGAAUUCGGAGUUGAGGAAAAGGGCAAGAAAAAGAAGGCUGGGAAGAAGUAAAGGGGAGGGGCGCUUUCUUGUUCAUCUUCCUUGCUUCUCAUAAUGCCCCAGUUCUUGAUGCGCUAUUAACACUGGGUUCCUUCGCUUCAUCACGCGAACAGGAAGAUUCCUACAACUCGAGAUAUCGUGCACUUACUAUCUUUAUUCAGCGGUCUAUCAUGCAACAUGAGAAAUUGACAUUGACGAUUGACGAAAGCGGAACAUUUCUUGAUCAAAUUUGCGCUCGAAUUUUUUAAGAAAACUCACAUCGCGCUUUUUUAAGAAAAUCCACAACGAUUUAU